UUAAAUUAUACACACACAUAUAUAUACGAAGGGAGCUGAACCACUAGGAAGUGAUUGAAGCUGUGUUGGUGCAUCUGUGUCCUGUGACGUGCACUAAGCCUCUACUACUACGAAUAGGAAUAGGGCGGGUCCGUGUGUGGGGGCCUUGGGUUGGGGAUUAAACUUUUGGGAGAAGAAGAAGAAGAAGAAAUAGGAAUAGGAAUAGGAAUUGGGCAAGGAAUAAGAAUAGGAAUCGUUGUUGGCGGAGAUUGGAAGAAUAGUGGUGCAAAAUUGUAGGCAAAGAGGAGGAGGAGGAGGAGGAUAGUGUGGGAAGAAGAUGAGUGGGGUUCUGGCGACGUCGAGGUCGGAAUUGGAGCUGGAUCGACCCAACCUGGAAGACUAUCUUCCCACCGGAUCCAUCCCUGAGCCUCUCGGCAAGCUUCGCCUCCGUGAUUUGCUGGAUAUUUCGCCUACUCUUACUGAGGCUGCCGGUGCCAUUGUAGAUGAUUCCUUUACAAGAUGCUUCAAGUCUAAUCCUCCUGAAACUUGGAACUGGAACAUUUAUUUGUUUCCUUUGUGGUGUUUGGGUGUUGUAGUCAGAUAUGGACUUCUUUUCCCAUUAAGGGCUAUUGUUUUGACAGUAGGAUGGAUAAUAUUCUUGUCAUGCUACAUUCCUGUGCAUUUUCUGCUCAAGGGCCAUGAUAGACUCAGGAAAAAAUUGGAGCGAGUGCUGGUAGAGUUGAUAUGCAGCUUCUUUGUUGCAUCAUGGACUGGUGUUGUCAAAUACCAUGGUCCCCGGCCUAGCAUCCGGCCUAAACAGGUUUUUGUGGCAAAUCACACGUCAAUGAUUGAUUUCAUCAUUUUAGAACAGAUGACUGCCUUUGCUGUUAUCAUGCAGAAACAUCCUGGAUGGGUUGGAUUACUGCAGAGCACCAUUUUAGAAAGUGUAGGAUGUAUUUGGUUCAAUCGCUCAGAGGCCAAGGAUCGUGAAAUUGUAGCAAGGAAGCUUAGGGAGCAUGUUGAAGGGGCUGAUAAUAAUCCUCUUCUUAUAUUCCCAGAGGGAACUUGUGUCAAUAACCACUACACCGUCAUGUUCAAGAAGGGUGCAUUUGAGCUUGGGUGCACAGUUUGCCCAGUUGCAAUCAAGUACAACAAAAUUUUUGUUGAUGCUUUCUGGAAUAGUAGAAAGCAAUCUUUCACAAUGCACCUGCUGCAGCUCAUGACGUCAUGGGCUGUUGUUUGUGAUGUUUGGUACUUGGAGCCUCAAAAUUUAAAACCUGGUGAAACAGCAAUAGAGUUUGCAGAGAGGGUGAGGGACAUCAUUUCUGUUCGAGCAGGUCUUAAGAAGGUUCCUUGGGAUGGAUAUUUAAAAUAUUCUCGCCCUAGCCCCAAGCACCGAGAGAGGAAGCAACAGAGUUUUGCAGAGUGUAUACUCCGCCGCUUGGAAGAGAGGUAGAAGUUGAAGAAAUGAUGUUGUUAAGCACACUUUUUGUUCUGCUGUUACAAUUUUAUUCUUGUGACCGACCAUUUUGUAUUAUUUAUUUGGACAAAGCAGUUUUAUUCAAGUGACCACCUUUUUGCAUCA